UUCAAACCAGGGACUGUAGUGAUGCCCCUUGCACUGAGAUGCAGUGCCUUAGACCGCUGUGCCACUCAGGAGUCAAAUACUAUAUUUUACUGUACAGUACAUCUCUGGUAAAUGUUUCGAUACUGUGGAAUACAUUGUUACUAGAUCAGAUUCACAGACAAGAGUCUGACUGUAAAACCGCUAGGUGUAUUUGGCCAACAUGAAGAACAUUUCAUUUGUAUAAAAAAACAUUACGUAUUUAGUAUGUAAGUAUUCUUGUUUUUUAAAUUAGGCCAUUUUAACAAACCAUGCAACGAAUAACCAUAGAUUUAAUUUAACAUGACCCCGUUCAUACCGUUCUGUGCAAGUUUACAAGCUGAGAUAUGAGCCUAUCUACCUUUGUGUGUGACAGUAUUGAAUGUCAGGUGGGUAUCAUUUUACUGCAGAGAUAUUUGACACCCGGGUAAGGCAGGCACAUAUCUGAAGUCCGGUGACCUGAGGUAGUAAUACACACAGACACACUGGUCCUCACUACUGCCAGUAACUACAGAACAUGACCAUGGCGUUCAUCGCGAAGACCUUCUAUGAUCUGAAGGCCACGACCCUGGAGGGGGAUUCAGUAGAUUUCAAUGUGUUUCGAGGGCGGGUGGUCCUCAUUGAGAAUGUGGCAUCGCUCUGAGGGACAACCACCCGGGACUACAGCCAGCUCAACUUGCUCCAGAGCAAGUACCCUCACCGGCUAGUGGUCCUGGGCUUCCCCUGCAAUCAGUUUGGCUACCAGGAGAACUGUUCAAAUGGGGAGAUCCUGAACUCAUUAAAGUAUGUGCGUCCAGGAGAUGGCUACCAGCCUGGCUUCACUGUCUUUGAAAAGUGUGAUGUGAAUGGAACCAACACCCACCCUGUCUUUGCCUAUUUGAAAGACAAACUUCCCUAUCCUGAUGAUGAUCCACACACCCUCAUCCAGGAUCCUAAAUUCCUCAUCUGGAGUCCCAUCAGCAGGACAGACAUCUCUUGGAAUUUUGAGAAAUUCCUGGUUGGGCCAGAGGGAGAGCCCUUUAAACGUUACAGCAAAAAAUUUGAGACUAUCAACAUCGAGCCUGACAUUCAAAGACUGUUGAGACUAACCAAGACCUGAAAAUAGCAUGGGAAUGUUCUCCUUGUGUACUACUCAUUCUGCUACACAAAUGACUUCACAUCUAUGAUAGACAGGGACUAUUAUGGCGUCGUCCAUCCUUUUGAGUUUUACUAAAUGAGGUUAAUAUUCUAAAAACUUGGGAGUAUUAUCUGAGGCCAUGUAAAUGCUCAAGAGUUGUGGGUUAUGCCUUGAUAAGUCUUCUUGCUCAUGUAAUAAAAAUAUGUAAAGCA